AUGUCGCUCUGCACGCGGCCGGUCGGCGGAAAGCGGGAAGGGCCGCGGGUGAUGCAAGCCAAGAUCCGUUCCUUUCGGACGUUCGCGAAUGUCAAUAGGAGGCGGGCGUUCCGGUCCCCGGAGCGCGGCAGAAAUAGUCGGCCGCCUAUUAAUACGAGCGCUAGUUGCACUGCCCUUGAAACGGGACGCUCACCUCCCGCACACGCGCACACGCACACGCACACGCACACACGCACACGAGCGCACGAGGCGUUGCAGCGGCGGAGCGGCACGGAAUGGACGCGCGGAACAACGCGCCUUCGCCGUUUAUUCGCCAGUUCGGGGCGCAGAAACGCGCGUACAUGGCAACAUCGGCCGCGGCGCUCGGAAUCGGGUCUCGACUGCCCAAUUCGAGUGGGAAGGUCGCGCGUUUCGCCAGCGGCUGACAAUGGCGCGCGCGCCGAUUGCGCAACGCGCUUUGCAACACCGAAAAUUUCGUGUGUGUGUUGCGGCGGGGCCCGCCACGGAACAGCCUCCGUGCGCGUCUAUUGCGCAAUAGCGUUACGCGCUCUGUGGCAACUUUGCGGAAACCUCAGGGCCGCGGGAGGCGCGCGUUUCUCGCCCGCGGCGACUUACGCUUGCCCCCCGGACGGUAUCCGCGACGCACGGAUGCCCCGGCUUAUGCAUUUUCUUCCUAAAUUUUGCAAGGAAAAAUUCCCAAUGGAAGAUGUUUGCUAUGCUACGAUGAUGUGUAGCAGG